GCGUGGGGACGCUUCGUUGGGAGCCACGCCAUGGUCCAGAACGAUGCCGGAGUGGCAAUUGCAUGCAGGAGCCAAUGUGUUUCAAUGCACCGCAGCCAUCAGUGGAAGUGGAGAUUGGCGGGGAGCUUUGCACAUUCUCCGAGCAAUGCUGCAUCAUGUCGUGCGGCCGACGGUGGUGAGUUACAACGCAUCACUGAAUCUUCAUCCGCAGUCAGCUUGGCAAAGAGCGACGCAACUUGCAGCUGGUGCAGCUCAGUUGGACGCCAUCAGCUACAAUGCGUUGAUGCAAAGCUGCGGCGAGAAGUGGCUGACUUCCCUAUGGAUCCUUUGGACCCUCCAGGUAACAUCCAUCGAAGCUGACGAUUACACCUACAACUCUGCGAUGAAGAGCCUGAGUGCCACAGGCCAAUGGGAGCGCAGUCAGCAGCUGGUAGAGCUUUGUUUGCAGACUGGCAGGCCUGAUCAUGUCACCUUCAACACGCUGCUAACGAGCUGUUCACGAGGUCGAUGUUGGCACGUGGCUCUCUACACGCUGAAGCUUUCGGAGCAGAUCCAUGGCGACAUGUCCGCAGUGGGCCUGCGAGCCGCUGUAAGCGCCUGCGCAAGAGGUGGUGGAAGAUGGGUCCGAGCAAUGUCGCUGGUGGCAAGGAUCAAGGAUUUGCACCUGGAGCUGAGUCCGGUCUCGCUGGGUGCCCUUCUAAGUGCUGUGAAAGGAAGCGAAAGCGCUGGCGCCUGGCGAAGGGCGUGGUGGAUGAUGCAGUGUCAUGCAGGCCAAAGCUCACAUUUAAUCCUUUACAACUCGGCUAUGGCUUGCAGUCCGUGGGCAGCCAGUUGGACUCUGCUCAAACGCUUGGCCACGCCCAAUGUCAUCAGUUUUUCUACGGCCAUCAGAGCGGCCGGCCCUUGGCCCUUGACUCUGAACGUCUUGGAGCAGAUGCUGGUAUGCAGAUUUGUUCCCAAUCGAAUUUGUUGCAAUGGGGCAAUUGACGCUUGUCGUCAACAUGGACAAUGGCAACGUGCGUGCUUGCUGACCAUGGAAGAUAGCGAAGAUAGCAGCCUGAUUUUCACGGCAGAUUCCUGCAGUGCAGCUGGGCAAUGGCUGCAAGCGCGAGGACUGCUGCAGGCCAUGUGGGACCGGGGCUCCCAGGUCUCCCAGGUUGCCAUAACGGUUUGUGGCGCCGGGUCGUGGAAGUUGGGGCAGCUGAUGAUCAGGAGCUUCGUGCUGCAUCACCUUCGAGCCGAUUUGGUCAGCUACAACAGUCUGCUGCCUGCGGAGUGGUGUCAGCAGCUGGAGCUGAUGGGUGGGAUGUCUAGCGUUCUGCUGACACCAGAUGCUACGAGCCGCUCCAGCAGCAUGCUGGGCUGCGAAAAGGCAUCCGCUUGGCGCCAUGCGAUUUGCCUCGCUGUUGAGUACGAGUUGGUGACACAGAAUGCUGCAAUGGCUGCCAGUGCACGUGCUUGUGACUGGCGCUUGCAAUUGGACCUUUUGAAGCAAAUGCCAAGGCAAGGACUUCAAGGGGAUGUGCUCAGCUGCAAUGUGGCCAUCGACGCGUGCCAGAAGUGCUCCAGGUGGGCGGAAACUCUUCAACUGCUGGGGAAUUUUGUGGAUGAGCUGAGCUUCAAAGUUGCAAUGGCCGCGUGUGAGAAGAUGGCGAGGUGGCAACAGCUUCUGACGCUGCUGACCGAGAUGCGAACUUCUCGCAUGGCGGUCAAUGCCUGGACCUAUGAGAUGGCUGCAAACCUUUGCGAAUCGCCGCUGCCGCUGCCGCAACUUUUGGAGGAGCUGGAAGAGCUUGCGCAGGGUGGGAUGAGCCAUGGAUGAGCUGGGAAAAACAAG